UUGAGAGCAAAAUAAUCCAAUUUCUGAAAGAUGAGCUGGAGAAGUUUAAGAAAAUAUUACAAAAAGAGAAUAUGCAAUACUUUGUGGAGGACUUUAAUGAGAAUAGAUGCAGUAUCAAGGAAAUAGCUCUCGAUCUCACACUCUACUUCUUAAGAAAUAUGAAGCAAGAUGAAGCUGCUGAUACUCUAGAAGAUGAGCUGCUCUUCAUUCAUCAACUAAAAUGUAACCUAAAGAAGAAGUAUCAAUGUGUGUUUGAAGGAAUUACAAAGCAAGGUGACUCCACACUUCUGAAUAACAUCUACACAGAUCUCUAUAUCACUCAGGGUGGUAGUGAACACGUUAAUAUUGAACAUGAGGUAAGACAGAUUGAAGUUACUUCCAGGCAUCAAGAAUCACAAGAGAUACAGGUUGAAUGCACAAAGAUGUUUAAAGCAUCUGAACAAGACAAGCAGAUCAGAACUGUACUAACAAAAGGAGUUGCUGGCAUCGGAAAAUCAGUCUCUGUGCAAAAGUUUGUUCUGGAUUGGACUGAAGGAAAAGAAAAUCAAGAUAUCAGCUUCAUAUUUCCUCUUCCAUUUAGAGAGUUGAACUUAAAGGAGAAAGGAACACAAAGCUUGACAAGUAUUAUAAGUCAGUUUUUCCCAGAAACAAAAACACUGAAUCUUAAAAGAAGGAAUCAAUUCAAAGUCCUGUUCAUUCUUGAUGGAUUGGAUGAAUGUCGUCUUCCUCUGAACUUUGAUGGUAAUGAAACAUGGUCUGAUGUAUCAUCACCAGCCUCUCUGGAUGUUCUCCUAACUAACCUCAUCAAGGGAAAUCUGCUUCCUUCUGCUCUCAUCUGGAUCACCACCAGACCAGCAGCUGCCAGUAAGAUUCCUCCUGACUGUAUAGACCGGGUAACAGAGGUCAGAGGGUUCAAUGAUGCACAAAAGGAGGAGUACUUCAAAAAAAGAUUCACUGAUCAGAAUCUGGCCAGUGAAAUCAUUGAUCACGUAAAAAAAUCAAAGAGUCUGCUUAUCAUGUGCCACAUCCCAGUCUUCUGCUGGAUUUCAGCCACUGUUCUCCAGAAUAUUUUGGAGGAGAAAAUAAAUAAUGAUCUGAAAAACAAUCAGGCUGAUGACGCCUCCAAAAUACUGCAGAUAUCAAAUACUGAAGACAUUCCUAAGACUCUGACACAAAUGUACACACACUUUCUUCGCUUUCAGAUCCAGCAGAGCAGACGAAAGUAUGAUGGAGAAUACACACCAGAUGUUUCCUGGGAUAAAGAUGCCAUCCUUUCACUAGGGAAACUGGCAUUUCAUCAGCUGGAAAUAAAUAACUUGAUCUUCUAUGACACAGAUCUGGAAGCCUGUGGUAUUGACGUCUAUAAGGCAUCAGUGUAUUCAGGCAUGUGUACCCAGAUCUUUAAGGAGGAAACGGGGAUUAUUCUUGGUACCAUGUACUGCUUUGUUCACUUGAGCAUUCAAGAGUAUAUUGCAGCCCUUUAUGCACAUCUGUUUCUAGACAUCAACAAGAAAAGUGUGUUUUUUCAAGACUCUACAGUACAGGAAAACAAAAAUGAAGCCAUGAUUGAUUUGCUCAAGACUGCAGUGGACAAGGCACUUGAGAGUGACAAUGGACACCUGGAUCUUUUUCUUCGUUUCCUUCUUGGUCUGUCACUCCAAUCCAAUCGGCUACUCUUACGAGGUCUGUUGACACAGCAAGAUGACAUUGACCAAAGCAAGAAGGAAGUAGUUCAGUACAUCAAGCAGAAAUUAGAGGAUAAUUUGUCUCCAGAGAGAUCCAUCAAUCUGUUCUACUGUCUGAAUGAACUGAACGACCAAACUCUGGUGAAAGACAUUCAGACCCACCUUAGCAAAGGAAGCCUCUCAUCUGCUGAUCUUUCUCCUGCCCAGUGGUCUGCUUUGGUCUUUGUGUUGUUGACAUCAGAGGAAGAACUGGAGGAGUUUGAGCUUCAGAAAUUUCAGAAAUCAGACAAGUGUCUCAUUAGAUUAUCGGCAGUCAUCAAAACUACCAAAAGAGCUUUGCUAAAUGAUUGUAACCUAACAGACAAAAGCUGUCCAGCUCUGGCUACAGUUCUUGGAUCAGAUACCAGUCUGAAAGAGCUGAACAUGAACAAUAAUAAUCUGCAGGAUUCAGGAGUAAAGUAUCUCUGCACUGGACUGAAGAGUGUAAAUUGCAAAUUAGAGAUACUGAGACUUUCAGGCUGCAGUAUCACUGAAGAAGGUUAUAAAGCUCUGGCUUCAGCUCUGAGAUCAAACCCUUCACACCUGAUAGAGCUGGAUCUCACAGGAAAUGAUCCUGGACAAUCAGGAGUGAAGCAGCUCGAUGAUUUACUACAGGAUCCAAACUAUUCACUGAAGACACUGAGGUUUUUGGGUCCUGCUGCAGGUGAAGCCUGUCAGUAUGUGACUGGAAUUGUGGGUAAAAACCCAUUAUUCCUGAGAGAGCUGAAUCUGAGUGGGCGUGAACUAGGAGACUUGAAACAGCUUGUUCCACUACUGCAGGAUAAACAUUGUACACUUAACACACUGAUACUUUCAGGCUGCAGUAUCACUGAAGAAGGUUAUAAAGCUCUGGCUUCAGCUCUGAGAUCAAACCCUUCACACCUGAUAGAGCUGGAUCUCACAGGAAAUGAUCCUGGACAAUCAGGAGUGAAGGAGCUCAAUGAUUUACUACUGGAUGAUUCCUGUAAAUUAAAGGCCAUCAGGUUUCUGAAAAGUCCUGCUGCACAGGAAGCAUGUGAUUAUCUCACUGAAGUUCUAGGUACAAGUCCAUUAGUACUGAAAGAACUGGAUCUGAGUGAAGUUAAAUUAGGAGACCUGGAUGGGGAGAAACUCUCUGCUCUUUUUAUGGACUCUCAUAGCAAACUGGAGAAAAUUAAGUUGAAUAAUUGUAGGCUGACAGAGGAAAGCUGUUCAGUUCUAGCUACUGUUCUUUCCUCCAAAACCAUCCUGAAAGAGAUGAACCUGAACAACAGCCGUCUGCUGGACUCAGGAGUCAAAGAGAUCUGUGAGGGACUGAAGAAUCCUGUGUGUGAGCUGAAGAUACUCAA